AUGCGCCUGGCAAAUCAAAAGUCAACUCAGCUUUUGACGAAAAUAUCCCGUACUUCCGCAGCUCAGCUCACCACUGCUCGCGCCGUAUCAACCUCCACCGUAUUUCGCCCGAGCCCCACCCCAAGUCUCCGCUCCUCUACUGCCACCGCUGCUCUGCUACAGUCUCGCAAAAUGUCGAACUGGCCCAAGAAUAUCUCCAAGGAGAACCCUCUCGGUCUUGAUGACGGGAGCCUCUUCAUCCAGAAGGGUAUCAUCAACGGCAAGUAUGUUGAUGCGGAGGACGGCAAGACCUUCGAUGUCGACAACCCCGCUACUGGCAAGACAAUCGGCACCUGCCCCGAAAUGACCGUCGCCGACAUCCGCAAAGCCGUCGAUACGGCCUACGACACCUUCAAGACAUUUCGCCAGACUACGCCUAAUGAGCGCCAGAACAUCCUCCUCAAAUUCUACUCGCUCUUCCAGGAGAGCCUGGACGACAUCACUCGUCUGAUUGUGUGGGAGAAUGGCAAGUCAUGGAACGAUGCCAAGGCGGAGGCGGUCUAUGCCGCGAGCUUCAUCCUGUGGUUCGCGGGCGAGGCAGUCCGAACGGACGGGAAGACCAUUCCUUGCUCCUUGCCGGGGACCAGGAACUUCACCGUCAAGCAGCCGGUCGGGGUGUGUGCUCUGCUUGUGCCCUGGAACUUCCCCGCAGCUAUGAUCGCCCGCAAGAUCGGCCCUGUCCUCGCCGUGGGCUGCACAGCCGUCAUCAAGGUCCCUGCCGAGACUCCCUACACCAACCUCGCCAUCAUGGAGCUCGCCAAGCGUGCCGGUGUACCUGACGGUGUACUCAACGUCGUGACUUGCGACAAGAACAUCAACCAGAUCGGCGAGGAACUUACCACCAACCCCAAGAUCAAGAAGGUCUCAUUCACCGGAUCCACUCGGGUCGGUAAGAUCCUGGCCAAGAACUGCUCGGGGACGCUCAAGAAGAUGAGCUUGGAGCUCGGCGGUAAUGCCCCGUUGAUUGUGUUUGACGAUGCGGAUAUCGACACUGCCGUCGCUGGGACGAUUGCUAGCAAGUUCCGAGGAUCAGGUCAGACUUGCGUAUGCGCCAACCGGAUAUAUGUGCAAGAGGGGAUAUAUGACAAGUUCGCCCAAGCGCUUGCCGAGAAGGUCAAGCUCUUCAAGGUCGGCCCUGGUUUCGAUGAGGGCGUGACCCAUGGACCUCUGAUACACAAGAGACAAGCCGACAAGGUCAUUGAGCACAUUGAGGAUGCCAAGUCCAAGGGCGCCAAGGUGAUCGUGGGCGGUGAGCGGGGCGAGGGGACGAUCGUUCAGCCCACAAUUCUGACUGAGGUCAGCCGGGAAUGCCUGUUGAACGACGAGGAGACAUUCGGACCCUUGGCUGCGCUGAUCAGAUUCAAGACUGAAGAUGAGGCUGUUGAACUCGCCAACAAUGCCUCGGUUGGUCUCGCCGGUUACUUCUUCUCCUCGGACGCCGACCGGAUAUGGCGCGUCGCCGAGCGUCUCGAGGUUGGUAUGGUCGCUGCCAACACCGGUGCCAUCUCUCAGUCUAUCAUUCCCUUCGGUGGUGUCAAGGAGAGUGGCUAUGGUAAAGAAGGAGCACACGAGGGGACGGACGAGUACUGUAUCACCAAGCUGGUCGUCCAGGGGACUAGCUUGAAGAAUGUCGGCAAGUAG